AUGGCUACUCAGAUCCACAACCCUGACGACGAGAUGGCCCUCGUUGACGAGGACCUCCAGCUCGAUGGCGAAGAGCUUCACCUUGAUGAGCUCCCCGUCAUCCCCCUUGCUCAUCCCCCUACAGCUGAUGCGCCCCCGGCGGCCAAAAAGGUGUGCGUCGAAGCCCCUCCGCCUGCGCCCGUCCCCUCGGCGCCGUCUCGCAGUGUCAUGUCGGCUUUCGCUCCUUCCCUGACCGGCAGCGCCUCGGGUGCUCCUUUGGGCGCCUCCUCCCCCGCACUCGCUGCUCCUGCUCCGCCCCUUGCCUUGCACAGGUCUGCCAGUCCGAUCUCCCCUCGCCCUGGCGCUGCUCUCGGAGCCGGCGUCGCCCUGGCGGCCCACGCUCCUAGUCCCGCGCCUUCCCGCACCCUCCGCCGCCCGAGGCCCGGCCCGGUCAUGCCCCGCCGUCGUCUCGCAGUGGUCACGCUCCUUCUGCCCGAGACGGGAGUGGAUGCCAUCCGCGCGGAUCUCAUCGCCCGCAUCACCGCCAUGCUGAAACCGCAUUUCUUCCGCCGCGGCUCUGUCCCGGAGUUUGAAGUUGCCACCAGCGAGCCGCUCCGGGUUCCGCGUCGCGCCUAUGCAAAGCUCUGCUUCUCCUGGCUGACGGAGGAAGAGGCAGAGGAUUUUAAGCGCCUUUUCCCCCGCUCCAUUCCUCUGAGCGCCUCUCGCUCCGUGCUUCUUAAGGUGUUCGAAGAUCGCAACCCGGGUUUCACGGCUGCCAAAGCUCCGGGUGCCGCCACGCUGUCGCUCCGGAACAUUCCCCCGGGGUUCACUCCGGAGGACGUCCGCGAAUUCCUGCUUCACGGUGCAAACCCGUCCGAGCCGGCUUGGCUCGCGGAUCUGCAGUUCUUCCAUCGUACCACCGACCCCUACGAGGAGGUUUUCCUCCCCGUCUUCACUAGCAUUCCUCUUCCCCCCCGGAUGACCCUUCCUUCUCCCGCAUCCCCGCUGUCAUCCCGUUUGAGGACGACUCCCCUCCCGCCCUGCUCAACAUUUCCACCCACGUCUGCGCCUACUGUGGGAACAAUCACGGUGCUGAUGGCUGCUGCCGUUUCUUUCUGCACGGCGCACCUGCCCCUUUACCCUGAUACGCUCUCCCCCUGUCCCCCCUACUGCCCCCUCUUCCCAGGUCCUCCCUUAACAACUCUUCCAGCAGCCAGGUGGCUAUCAAUCCCCCAUCCCAGUCCUCAGCUGUUAUGCUUCUCCUCCCGCCCCCUCUCUGCAUCCCCCUGUCCCGCCCCGCAGCUCUCCCCCGGCUUUUGUGCUCGUGCCUCUCCCUCGCCACGGAUACUUCAGCCCCUUGGCUCCGGCCCAUCUUGUUUCUCUGCCAUUCUCCCUCGCUCUCCAUUUAUUUCCCCUACAGCAGCCUCAUGGUCCUUACUGCCUCCUUACGUGAACUGGCUCGCUUGUCAUAACACCCCUUGUCUCCCUUCAACGCCCCCCUACACCCUUCUAAGUGCUCCUGCCAUGCUCCCUCUUUACCUUCUUUGCUCCCUUCUCCUAUCGCCCCCCCCACUCUUACCCCUAGGCCAAAUCCUCGGGGCUCGUCCGGCGCCCGAUGCUUUCUGCAAGGACCCGGGCUUCCUCUACAUCGGGCUCGACACCGAUGUCGAGCCCUGGACCUGCGUCCCGUGCAACUUCGCCUGCGGCCCUGCCCUCGACUCUGCCAUGGUGCACAUGGCCUCCGAUGCGCAUACCUCCAACCUGCGCGCAGCUGCCAAGGGCCCUGCUGCAAAGGAAAAGUACAGCAACUGGAGGGCCCUUACCUUCCUGGCUACCCCCCAGAUUGCGGCAUUCCUCUCCCACACCCCCACUACGGCUCUCGAAGCCCCCCCUGCCGCCGCAUGCAUAGUUCUUGCUAGCGAUUUCAAUUCGGUCGUCCUCCCCGAGGACCGCAACCGCACUCUGCACGGUCAUGAGCAGAACGAGGCCGCCUCAGUCUCGAACCUCUUGUCAUCCCAUUCCCUUCUUGACUCGUUCCGCGCCCUUCACCCCGCAACCACCCUCUUCUCCUAUAUUGGUCGGCAACGACUCACUGUACUUCCGCCUCCCCCCCCUCCGGCCGCUCGGCUGGACCGCAUUUACGUGUCUACCGCCUUCCUCUCCUGCCUCCAUGCAUCACAUUACCUCCUCACCCCUAACCUUAUCUCGGAUCACCUGUCUGCCCCACUGUGCUCUCUUGGUUUUGAUAACCCCAUCAUGGCUCCCCGGCCGUGGAGGCUUAGCGCCUCCCUGCUGCGCCGCCCACACCUGACCCACAUCUUGGAUGCGCAUCUCCUACGCCUUUCCCCCCAACCGACUCCAGACGAUUGGGACCAUUGGAAACAGCAGCUCUCUCUAAGUCUUAAAUGCUUCUCUAACGAGGAGCGGCGUCAUGUCUCAGGAACCAUGGCCCACCUACGCCACCUUAUAGGUCGCCUCCAGACCCAAGCUGCCUGUUCCGCCCUGAGCAUGGAAGACAACGCCCGCCUCAACAAAGCUGGGUUACAACUCAUGAAAUAUGAGGCUUCCAAAACCGCAGAGCUAGCCCUCAAAGCCAAGCUCAAGGUCGAAGGCCAUCAUGAAAUGGGCCUCUCUUCGCUACUCGCUGGCCUCAACGCUCGCAUCAAAGCCUCUCUCAUCUCGUCUCUUACUCUUUCAAAUGGUGACACGUCCUCCCACCUCCCGUCAAUGACUACGGAAUGCACUUGCUACUUUCAACACCUAUACUCUGGCUCCACGCCCGUCGUCCCUAACCCCUCCUUCUGGAGACACAUCCCUCGCUCCACCCUGCCCGACUCGCUAUCUCGUCUCUUGCAAUCACCCCUCUCCCUCUCUGAAAUUGGGAAAGCUCUUGGACAACUAUCGCGGGGAAAAACUCCAGGCCCGAAUGGUCUCGCUGGUGAGCUCUUCCGAUCAUUCACUCCCCGGUUUGCCCUAGCCUUCCAUUCCUUGAUAGGCUCACAAUCCCCCACCGCAUUACCUUUGUCUAUGCUCUUUGGUCGCACUGUUCUUAUUCCCAAGAAGGGUGACUCUACGCUCGUAGAAAACCUCCGACCCAUCACGCUCAUGAACUCUGACUACAAGGUGCUUGCCUUAUGCCUCGCCAACCGCCUCCAGUGCGUGCUUUCUCAUAUUAUUCACCCCUCCCAGACUGCCUUUAUCAAAUGCCGCAAAAUUGGCGAUACCAUCAACGAUACUCUUGACAUUAUGGAUUGGGCUUCGUAUUCGCGCACCCCCCUCCUCACUCUUACUGUCGAUUUCCGCAAAGCAUAUGACCUCGUCGACCGAGCUUUUCUCCUGCCUGCGUCUACCCUCGCCAUUUGUCCACUGGGUAUGCCUCAUGCACUCUGA